UUGGAUCCUGCCAACUGCAAACUCGCAAACCACAGGCCGUCGCACCUGUCCAUUCAUUCAUUCAUUCAUUCAUUCUCCAUUCCAUUUAUUAUCGUGCCGAGUUCUUGUGUUCGCUGCGGUUGUUUGUUCUGGCUUGCUUUGCUUGCUUGCUUGCUUUCACAGCCUGACUCUGCCUCUGCCUAUUGCAGUUGCUCCUGUCGCUCGUUUAUUGUCGUUGCGUCGUUGUCUUUACCCGGACGCCGCUCCCCUCUUUCUCACGAUCGAUGCAGUCCAGAAGCCACCAACCGUAAUUUUCCCACUUCAUCCCCCCACCACCCGCCAACCUGGAGGCCUUCACCUACAGCAGACCGGGCGACAAAUCGCCCGCGUCCAAAGCUGCCGCUGCCAUGAACCGUCUGGCUUUGGCCCAUCCCAAGAUACGGCGCCUGGCCUUCAGUCGUCAGGCGCUGUUCGUCGGCCUCGCCAUAUGCUUCGUCUGGUUCGUCACCGUGUCGAUGCGCAACGAUGUUUCAGAGCACUGGUCACGGCUCGGCCUUCAGCUUCCCGAUCUGCGAAAACAACCACAACGGAUGCCAACUCACAAUGUCCUACCACCACUCGCCCCGCGCAUUCCCUGUUACGGUCCCCGUGGACACCUUCUGGGACAUAGCCCCGACGACGACCUUGUUGAGAAGGAGAUUGAUGGCCCCUACCCAAUCCCAUUUGCCGGCUCCUUUGAGGCCCUCGGCUUUGACUUGACCUACAUGACGGCCGAAAACCGCUACGGACCCUAUGGCUACGGCGAAGACAAGGAGGACUACAAGCGCCAAAAGGUCGACUGGGCCAACCUUGACUGGGGCAAGCUGCAGAAUGAGUGCUUCUACCGAAACCGAGAGCGCUUCCCCGAAGCCGCCGAGCCAUUGAACGACACGCGCAUCGAGACCCGAUUCACCUACCGAAAGAACGCCCCUUUCUCGGAAAUCAGGCACUGGCACGAAUUCGAGCCAAGCAGGAGGACCGCCAUUGUGGUGCGCGUGUGGAAGGGAUACGAGUACUCGUCUGAGGAUAUGUACUACAUCCGCUCGCUCAUUGCUGAAACGUCGCUCAAGUCCGGUGGCGAGUACCAGGUCAUUCUUCUGGUCGACAUGAAGGAUUACGAGGGAUACAAGCCCGAGAUUUUUGCUUCGAGAGAGCUGUACGAGCAAGGUCUGAAGGAUGCCGGCGUUCCUCCCGAGUUUGCCUCGAUUGCGAUUCUGUGGGACAACCGGCUCCUGGACAGCUGGUACCCGGACGUUGAGGAGCAUCGCACCAUGUGGCAGGUGUUCCAGCCCAUGCAGCUCCUCGCGCUCUUUUACCCCGAGUUUGAUCACUGGUGGCAGGUCGAAAUGGACAUGCGCUUCAUGGGUGAUGCCGGCAAGAUGCUUGACAGGCUGGCACUCUUUGCGCGCGAGGAGCCCCGCAAGCAGGCCCUCGAGCGUGCCACUUUCUGGCAUAUGAUUAACGAAAUCGGAGAUUACGAAGAAUUCUCAAAGCAGGUCGACAAGGCGAACAACGGCGGCUCUUUGGCUUGGGGUCCCAUGCGAGUGAGGGAGAUCUUGCCCAUUGGGCCCGAGCCUCCGGUAUCCGACCCGCGCAACGAAACCUUCCGCUGGGGCGUCGGCGAAGAGGCUGACGUGAUCACGACCUCGUACUGCAACGACGCCAACAAACCGAAUAGCUGGGUGUUCAAGGAGUGGAUUUACGGCUUUAAGAAAGGCGUUCAGACACCCCGCUACUACUGCCCACCGGCCAUCAUGCGUGGCAGCAGAACGCUGCUCCUGGCCAUUCACCAAGCCCAAGUCGAGCAAGGGAUCCGUGUGCCAAGCGAGGCCACUCUCCCAAGCUUUGCGCUCUGGCACGGACUCAAGCUCAGCUUCCCUCAGCACCCCGUCUUCCACCGCGACAACGGUGAUGACAAGAUGCAGGAUGAGUGGUGGCGCGGUGGGCCCCAGGCCAGCAAAUCCGGCAACGGCCCCGACAAUCUCGACCACCCUCGGGGCAUGGGCCUGACUUUCUGGUGGGAAUCGGACUUCCCUCGUCAAAUCUUCAGCGCGUGGACAGGCCGCAAGCUGGAGGAGGACGUCGACUUCCCCUGGUUAUUACAUCAGCAAGACGGGCAAAUAUUUGCACCCAAUAUCAUAAUGCAUCCGAUGAAGCACAUCAAGGACGACAAGGAAUGAACGACGACGCGAGGAACAAAAGUCUUUUUAUGUAUGAAAGAAUUAUUUACUACAGGGAAGAUUACAUGAAAGGCAGGGCGGGAUUAUCAACGGUACUUUAUAUCAUUCAACACUUCUUUUUCUUUUUCAAAAGCCACACAACGCAUUACCACGCAAAUGGCCGAUGGGAAUGUCCUUUUACCACACUUUACACCACACUACCUUUUUUGGGCGGGGAGUCAUGGAGCAAAAACGGGCGAGGGGUGGCUGGCCAGCAGCUUUUUUUUUUUUUUUGAGCAUAGCAAAACGUUUUUUGCUUAGUGGGGGGCUUAAGGGGGUGGUGGGUUGACAAGGGAUUUGCUGGGUCUUCUUGCCCUUGUUUUCCUGUGCUGCCACAAUUUUAUUUUCUGAUACAGACUUUUUUUUUCUUUCUGCUCUUCGUUUCGUUUUGUGUUUUUACUUAAUGUGUAUGUUUGGGAGGGGAGAGCAGGAUGCAUAUUGCAUUUGUUUAGCAGCAGCAUUACUUUUAAGGGGGAAGAAUUGGAUGUUAUGUAGCACCAAGCAGGCGAGAAAAAAUGCGGAUACCCACCAUCUCGAAGAUCUAUCUUACUCUACGUAUCAGACGGACAAAGUUUAUGAUGUUUGGUGAAAGGUGAAGCUUGUGAGAGGUUCCGUGUGUCAAAGGGGAGGGACAAGACAAACUUUUCCCUUCCACAGGGUAAAGAGGAGGCAAACUGUGGCAAAAAUAAAUAAAUAAAUAAAAAGGAUAAAAGGGUUUAACGGCGCGCGAUGAGAUCUUCUCUUUUCGAAACGGUAGACUAGGGAAAGCUCCAUUUGUGACGUCAGGUGUGGGUGGAGGGAUCGGCUGAGAUCUUCAGGGUCGGGAAGGGAAAGGGAGGAGUGGGAUGGGUAGAUCUGGUGUUUCAUCUGUCGUUGACCUGGUACGCGGACCGUUGGGAUCUUCCAAGUGUUGGUUUGUGUGGGACGGAGUGGUGGGACGCGGUUUGCGGGUGAGACGGGAAGGGGUGGUGGUACGGUGAUGAUUGAUGGUUUGAGGGGAUUGGUGUGGUUUGGGGACUUGGGAGGUGAAGCUCCGGUUAGGGGGGCGAGCAGAAGCUAGGUGUUUCAAAGAAGCGUUGAUUGAGAGUUGUAUACAUGGCUGUUUCACGGUUAUUGCCAUGUGGAUGGACUGCUUAUCAUGAAAAGCUGAAAGCCCCAUGUUUUUCAUUACCGGUGCAUCAAGAAAGGUUAACUUCACUCAAGGCUUCGGUAGGGCGUAUCUGUGCUCAGCACCUCAUAAUGGAAAGCUUUCUUUCUCAAUGUCAACAAGCCAAUUUUCUUCAAAGCAGACUACAAGUAUGUACCAGAUAAUUUUGAACUCAUACCACCAUUCCAACAAUAUACUUAUCUCUCCUUCAUCCCCUCCAACAAUCCCUCACAUUUCCCUCGACUCUUAAACCAGUCCAAAAGUCCAAGAAGUCUCCUGAACAUACCGCUCCCCCGGCCCAAAGAUCUGCUUCUCGAGACGUCCCCACUCCGGCUUGUUAAUCCCAUCAGGAUAAUCCUGCGCCUCAAUCGCGACACAGCUGCUCUUGACAACCUUGUUGUUCUUCUCCCCCAGCCCCUGGGUGCUCUUCUUCACGUCCGCGCUCCCGUCCAUCCACGAGCAAGAAUAAAUCACCACCCCGGGCUGAUCAGUCCUCAGCUCCGCCUUGACACCACUAAACUCGCUCGCCAACGUCAGGACGACCGCGUCCUCGGGGGCGUCCUCGAUGAGCCAGUACCCGUUGUACCCCUCGCACGCGCCGUUGGCGCCGCAGUUGCCCUGGAACUUGGGGUCAUCGCGGGAGUGGCCGAACUUGAGGUUGGCGGAGGAGGCAAAGUCGUUGAUGGAGCCCGGGGCGGCGGUGAGGAUCUUGCCGGUGGGGAGGGCGCCUUGGUCGGCUUCGAGGUAGCGGGAGGAGUAGGGGAGGUGGAGGGUGUGGUCCCAGAUCAGGGAGGUGGCCGGGUUGCGGUAGGCGUCGAGGUUGAAGUAGGUGUGCUGAGUCAGGAGGAUCGCUUUUCCAUCUGAGUGUUAGAAUGCGGCCACCGAGACGAAAACGGGAAAAGGGGGAAAACAAACGAGUCUUUUGAUCAAGCGAAUCAGCCGUGAUCUUUAUUUUCCACGUGCUGUCAGUAACGCUGUAUGUCACGCUCGACUUGACAUCGCCGAAAAACCCCAGGGAAGAGUUGGACUUGUCCAAAAUCGAAAAAGUGAUCGAGUCCUCCGACAGGGCAGUCACCUCCCAGAAGCGGAACGACCAGUUGUUCGUCCCGCUGUGGAGGGUGUUGUCGCCGUCGUUUUUCUGCGUGGUGUACUCGACGCCGUCGAUGGAGUAUUUCCCGUUGCCGAUGCGGUUGGCGUAGCGUCCCGGGAUGGCGUUGUAGACGGGAUGGCCUGGGUCGACGGCUGGAAGCGAGCGAGCUGUCAGUCAAGGUCCAGUGAUCAAGUUGCUGCUGCAUCUUCGCCUAAAGUUUUGUGGGGAGGGAAGG